AUGAGGUCACUGCCCCUCUUCCUCCUCCUAGUCCUUCUCAGCAGCUCACAGGCAACAGGGCCAGGCAUAACUUUGCAAGUGAAGCUAAAGGAGAUUUUUCAAGCCAAGGCCUCCCACAACUCCGGCUUCCAGGAAGUGCUCACCAAGCUAUGCCUCCUCCUCCACCUCCCAUCAGGAACCAACAUCACCCUUCAUCACAAAGGACCCCCUCACCACCUCAUCUGCUGA